AUUGUUGGUUAACUAAUCAGUUGUUAUUUGAAUCUCUGUGGUUAAUUGUUGUUAGUCUUUGAUUGUGAUUUCCAUUAGAAUUGUUGAUAAAAUGGUUGAUCAAAAUAUCGAUGAAAUUGAAGAUUGGUGGAAAAGACAAUUAUCUCAACUUGUACUGGUCAAUCUUCCUGUUGAUUAUGUCCAUCAAGAGUUAUCAUCAUCAUCUCCUAAAGGUUAUGACCAUUGGAAACAAUAUCUAAAUGAACAAUUAAAGGCAAUUAUUUUCAAUUUUAUUGAUAAUCAACAAUUAAGACCAAUUGUUUUUUACGAUUCAAUUUGUCGUGUCUUAUUUUACCGUUACACUCAACAAUCAGAUAUUACUUGGCUAAUUACCUGUAAUUUAAAUGAUCUAAAUCGAGGUGAUCAAUCGUUGGUUUCAAGAUUUAAUUGUGAUGGUCAAUGUAACUUUGUUCAACUUUGCCAACAACUUCAAGUCUUUUACAAUCAGCUAAUUGAAAAUGAUUGUAAACUAUUAACUGUACCUGGUGAUAAAAUUGCUAAAUCAUUGGAACCUAAAUCAUUAAAUGUCCAUAUAAUUGCUACAAUUAAAAAUAAUCUGGAUGAUGAAAAAACUGAAUCUAAAUCAGCUGAGCCAACGGUAAAUACAAAUGAUUAUGAUUUAGUAAUUGAAUUCAGUUUAGACAAUCAAAAUUGUCUAUCUAUUGAUUACAAGUAUAAAGUUGAUAUUUUUAAAAAAUCAACAGUCCAACGAUUAUCUUAUCAUUUUAUUAAUCUAAUUAACUCAUUGAUUGUUGACAAUUUAAAUUGGAAACUUGAUGAUCAUGAGCUUCUGGAUGAUGAUGAACGUGAACAACUUGAAACAUUCAAUCCCGAUUAUCCACCAAACAUGGGGAGCGAAUCUUUUUUCAUUGAAAUGUUUCACCAAUCGAUCAAUAAUAAUUCCAAUUUAAUGGCAAUUAAGGAACAAUCAUCAAGUGUAACUUAUCAACAAUUGAACGAGAAAUCAAAUCAAUUGGCUCAUCAUUUAUCUAAAAAUCACAAAGUUAAACGAGGCGAUAUGAUUGCGAUAAUGUUGCCUCAGGGCAUCGAUAAUUUCAUCGCUCUUUUGGCGACACUGAAAUUGGGAGCGGCUUUUGUACCUCUUGGAAUUGAUUAUCCAAGUGAUCGGAUACAAUAUAUUCUAACUGAUUGUGAUGAACCAAUUUUAAUCACUCAAGAUAAAUUGUUGUCAAUUACUUACAACAAGGUCUUGUAUUAUUCCGAUAUUGAUAAGGAAUUGUCUUCACAAUCAGUUGACAAUUUACCGAUAGUUUCAUCUCGAGAUGAUUUAGCUUAUUGUAUGUACACUUCAGGGUCAACUGGUCAACCAAAGGGUGUACAGAUUAGCCAGAGGACAAUCAGUUUCAUGGCCACGAGUUUGACGGACAUUUUCAGUGUCACUAGAGACACACGAUCGUCACUAAUAUCGGCGACCGCUUUUGAUGCUGCUAUUUGUGAAUCGUUUCCCGUUCUAGUUCAAGGUGGACUUCUUGUCUUACCUAAUUGCGAGAAUCGCUACAAUCACAACUAUCUAGUCGACUGGUUAAUUGAAGAGAAAAUUAAUUACUGCUAUUUACCCGCUAAAAUAAUGGACCUUAUAUUUGAAACUGAUCUUCAUCUCAAGAUUAAACACCAACUAAGGGUUUGGGCAUCAGGUGAACCCUUAGGGGCAGUCAAAGUAUCUCAAGAGUCAAACAUUCAAGUUUAUAAUGUACUUGGAAUGACUGAAUUAACACCAUUAACGUUUGUUAAAGUUAAUUCAUUGAGACCUCAAGAUCACAUUAAACCACCGGUGGGUGUACCUGUUCCCGGAGUCAAGGCUUAUAUUACCGAUCCGGUGGGUCGAUUAUGUCCCAUUGGUGUUGUUGGUGAAAUUACUUAUUCGUCGCCAUUUAUAGCUAAAGGUUAUCAUAAGUUACCCCAACAAACGGCGGAAAAGUUUACAUCGGAUCCAUUUAAUGGCCACUCAAUUGUUGGCUCACGAUUAUUGAGAUCUGGUGAUUUAGCUCGAUGGCGUGAAGAUGGACUGAUUGAGUUUUUCGGAAGAGCCGAUGAUCAAGUAAAAGUUCGUGGCUAUCGAAUUGAAUUGUCUGAGAUCGAAAAACUAUUGAAUAGUCUAAAAGGUAUCCACCAAUCGAUCGUGUUAAUUAAGAAGGGUAAACGUACAGAUGAUUCGAGGAUCGUUGCGUUUGUUAUGCUUAUCGACGAGGAAAAUCAAUCUCAAACAUUUGAACAAUCGACUUCGUGGCGGAAAAACUUUGGUUCGAAUCUCCAUUCAUUUCUACGAUCUAAUCUUCCCUAUUUCAUGUUACCACAAGUUUUCGUAGUUCCACAGUUUCCCCUCAAUUCUAACGGUAAAAUCGACAAAAUUCUACUUUCAUUAGAUAAUUGCGAGCCUUUAAUCAGUUCCAUGUUUCAUCAGCCAUGCACACAAAUGCAAUUCGAUAUGAUCAAAGUUUGGUCCAAAGUUCUAAUGAUUCCAUCCGAGUCUCUUGGUAUCGAUGAUAAUUUCUUUGAGCAUGGUGGUCAUUCCUUAUUAGCCGCAACUAUUGUUGGUCAACUUAAUCAAGCUCCAUUUAAUUAUCCAAUAACCACACGAAUGAUGUUAACAUUGGCAACGAUUCGAUCAAUUUGUGAUCUAAUUGAAUCAGAUUCAAUAUCGAGUGUUACAAUUAAGUCAAUACCCAUUUUAGAAUCAAGGACUGGCAUUGAUCUUGGAAUAGCCCAGUCGUGGUUAGCACUUUUCGAAAUCGCUAAUAAUGGCCGAGGAGUGACCAACGAAUUCUCUUAUUGUAUUGUCCCAUCUAAAUUAACAUGGAAUCAAGUUAAUCAAGCAGUUAAUUGUUUGAUUGAGCGACAUGAGGCAUUAAGAUUGGUGAUGUCUAAAAAUAAGCACAAUAAAAUUAAACAAUCAGUUGAGCCAUUCAAACCAGUUACAAUCCCAAUCGUAAAUUGUUCAACAUUGGAUCAAAUCAAUAAGCACAAUGAACAAUUAAAAUCAUCGAUUGUUAACAUUUUCAAUGGAUCACAAUUGUUGGUUAAAUUUUCCUUUGUUCAAUUUGAUUCACGAAAAUUGAUCAUCAUUGUCGCUAAUCAUAUGUCUCUGGAUGGAGUUUCUUUCGAGCUGAUUAAAGAAGAGUUGAAACAAUUAUUUAAUCAACUCGAAUUGAAAGAACCUUUAAAUUUAUCUCCAAUGAAAGUGAACUUUUUAGAUUAUAUCGAUUGGGAAAAUCGAACCUUUUAUUGCGACUCUCAGCUGAUGGAAGAAGCCAAAACUUUCUGGACCAAUCGAUUAAAAGGAUUUAAAGCUCCUCGAUUACCAUUAACUUGCGAUCUACUUUUUUGCAUCGGAGACGAAGCUCAGUCUGUUUACUUUUUCGAUGAAAAGGUCACUCAAGGAAUUGAGAACAUUCUCAAAGAAUAUCGAACAACUUUAUUCGUAUUCACUCAGGCCGUUUUAUUAUCAGUUCUUCAUUUACACACAAAUUCAACCGAUAUAACAGUUUACCAAGCAGCUCGAAAUAUUAACCAUCAUUUGGCUAUUCCGUUAAUCGGAAAUCUUGUGGUCAUCAACUUUUCUCGUGUCUCAUGGACUCACGAUCAAAAUAUUACAUUCGUUGAUCUUUUACGAAAAACUCACUAUUCUGUCAUGAAAGAACAUGAAUUUAGAUUCUUUCCUUUCCAGAAGAUGAUUGGUAUUACAACGGAUGAAGAUGUUAACCAUAAUGACGAUUUCCUCGAACUUGUCCCAAUAACUAUAACUCAAGAUACCGAUCAAAAUGAAAUAUUAGAACUGAAAGAUUUUCAUUCCACUUCAUUAACAUUGAACGCUCUGGUCUUACAUUUCAUGAAAGUUCAGUCAAGAUACACAAUUGAUUUUCGUUAUAGUAAAAAUUGUUUCGAUUUAAAAAUCAUCCAAUCUUUUUUCAAUUGUGUCCAACAUUUUGUCCAAAGGGUUUCACAAAAUCCAAAUCGACCACUAGGUCAAUAUCUUGACGAAUCAAUCAACAUGAUUAAAUGGUAAUUUUGUAAAGCUUAAUGUCAGUUUUAGUUUAAAAUAAAUUAAUAAAAAAUAAA